GGCGCUAGUGAGUCCGGCGGCAGGGCGCGCGGCGUGGCUCGUCUCGGUUCAUCCACGUCUUUUCUCAUCUUGUUCAGAUUUAACGGCGGCUUGACGCGCUGGCGGACGCCGGCAGGAGCCCCGGUCUGUAGCGGGGGAUCGCAGGGUUUAGCGACCGGGUCCUGUCACACUAACGGGUCUUUGGCGGACUGACUGCGGGGACCUGGAGCUCAGGGUGCCGCCGCCGCGGCUGGGACUCCGCGUUUAAGAUCCCCGGCACUGGAGAUUAAUUUCGCCAUCAGAAAGCGCAUGGUGGGAGUUUCUAAGCCCUUUCAGUGUGACUCAUCCCAGUGAGGCUGAAAUGCCCUUCCAGAGUGAAUAUGCACGGAACAACACUGCUGUAAAAUGGCAGCCUCCCCAAAAGGUCGCACUGAGAAGCGCUUCACCAUGCCUGACUCACCUGCGGAUGUGAAAAUACAAUCCAGGUUGACUCCACCCACGAUGCCACCUCCUCCAUCCACGCAGGGAGCUCCGAGGACCAGCUCCUUUACCCCCACGACAUUAACUAAUGGCACGAGCCACUCUCCCACUGCGCUCAACGGCGCCCCCUCUCCGCCCAACGGCUUCAGCAACAGCCCAUCCUCAUCCUCUUCAUCGUCUCUGGCCAACCAGCAGUUGCCCCCAGCCUGCGGCGCCAGACAGCUCAGCAAACUCAAGCGAUUCUUGACCACCCUGCAACAGUUUGGCAACGACAUUUCCCCGGAGAUCGGAGAGCGGGUCCGCACACUGGUGCUGGGCCUCGUGAAUUCUACCCUGACGAUAGAGGAGUUUCACUCCAAACUGCAGGAGGCCACAAACUUUCCACUGCGACCUUUCGUCAUCCCGUUCCUGAAGGCCAACUUGCCCCUCCUGCAGAGGGAGCUGUUGCACUGUGCCCGACUGGCGAAACAGAAUCCAGCCCAGUAUCUGGCCCAACAUGAGCAGCUUCUCUUGGACACCAGUACGACUUCACCUGUCGACUCCUCUGAGCUGCUGCUGGAUGUGAAUGAGAACGGCAAGAGGAGGACACCGGACAGAACCAAAGAGAAUGGCUUUGAGCGUGAGCCCCUGCAUCCAGAGCAUCCAACCAAGAGACCCUGUACCGUUAGCCCAGGUCAGCGCUACAGCCCUAGCAAUGGGCUGCCCUACCCGCCCAAUGGGCUGGCCCACCCCACGCCACCAGCACCGCAGCACUACCGGCUGGACGACAUGGCCCUGGCACACCACUACAGAGACUCCUACAGGCACAGCAGCCCCCGCGACCUCAGAGAGCGUGCCAGGCCUCUGGCAGGGAUGCACAGCACACGGCAGCACGAGGAAGUGGUGGACCACCGGCUGACGGACCGGGAAUGGGCAGAGGAGUGGAAGCACUUAGACCAUGUAAGAAAACUCCUGAACUGCAUCAUGGACAUGGUGGAGAAGACGCGGCGCUCGCUCACCGUGCUGCGCCGCUGCCAGGAGGCCGACCGCGAGGAGCUCAACUACUGGAUCCGGCGCUACAGCGACGCGGAGGAGCUGAAGAAAGGCAACGGCAGCCAGUCCCGGCAGCAGAGCCCUGCCAGCCAAGAGAGCUCCACUCCAGAACUUCACAGGGAGCUCCUUCACAGACCGGUGUCAGGAUACGUGCCGGAAGAGAUCUGGAAAAAAGCUGAGGAAGCUGUGAACGAGGUGAAGCGGCAGGCCAUGACGGAGCUGCAGAAGGCCGUAUCGGAGGCAGAGCGCAAGGCCCAUGAGAUGAUCAGCACGGAGCGAGCCAAGAUGGAGCGCACGGUGGCAGAGGCCAAGCGGCAGGCGGCCGAAGACGCACUUUCAGUCAUCAACCAGCAGGAGGACUCCAGCGAGAGCUGCUGGAACUGCGGGCGCAAGGCCAGCGAGACGUGCAGCGGCUGCAACACAGCGCGGUACUGCGGCUCUUUCUGCCAGCACAAGGACUGGGAGAAGCACCACCACGUAUGCGGGCAGACUUUACAGGCCCAGUCGCAGGGGGACGCGGCCUCGGCCACGCCCAGCAGCAGCGCAGGCAGCCCGGCGGACACCCCGUCGGCCGCCACGCCACGAUCCGCCACGCCGGGGACGCCCUCCGCCACAGACGCCACGGCGCGCUGAAACGCUGCAAAGAUGGAUGACAGAACUGUUUGAUCAAAGGCGAAAGUAGCACUACAAGCAGAGACUGGUGCAGUACGUGCAGGAGACCUGGAACAUGUCAUAUUGACUUGUUCUGAUUAAGAAUACAAAGAUAUUCUUUGUUUUUAUUAUUGCCAUUAUUCUUACACUCGAUGUCAUCGUUGUCGUCGCUGUUGUUGUCGUCGCUGUUGUUAUUGUUGUUGUUUUAACGCUUGUAAAUACAAAAGAAGAUACCAGAGAAUUGCAAAUGACCUCCCCCUGCCCCGUUCCAGUAGCUGAGAUGUGAAACUAGUUGACCUCAAAAAUAUACGCUUUACUGAACAGCAAAUCAAGGGAUUAUUAAUUGCUGCUGAAGGCAAGACUGCUAAUAUUUCAUGUGAUUAAAAAGACACGUCUGAGUCGGGUGUGGAAAGAAGCGCAAAGGAAGGAGCGCAGGACUGUCGGACGGGGUGAGAAGAUUAGCAGUAGGAGAAAGAGAAGAUGAGAGCAACAGCACUAGCGAAUGUAUCACGUCCUACGUCCUACUCCGUCCUCCACGUCCAUCGGUGAAGUGAUGCAGUGGAACAUCUGCCAGCCACACACCCCUUUCCGCUCCCAUGCAGGUGAGAGCGUGACACCCAGGUGAAGCUUUGCACCUGGUGAAGGUAAAGUGCUGAAGAUGGACGCAGUUCAGCCUCCUACAGCCUGGGCGCCCUUAGUUUUUUUCUGUUUUCGGUGUGUUGAAACAAGAACACCUUUCUCCCAUGCGGUUCCCGCUAGUGCUGUAGUGUACGUGUGCUGGACAGUCGUGAAGAUGCUAGUAGCUUAAUUCCACCCCCACACUUUAGCUUCCUUAUUCCUAGUCGGGCACGAAGCGAAUCGUUAAUCUCUGCGGGCUGCUUUUAUAUCUGUUUGUAUAAGUGAUAGUUCUCCCGUAGUUCAAAAAAGAAGGAAGAAAAAUGUCUUUGUUGUACUGAAGAAAAGGCAGGAUCUGUCUUUGCGAGCUGCUACUGCGCGGCACUCAGCGUGUCCCCGGGGAACGGCAUGUUACAUGGAAUGCGAUCAUACGUGUUUGGUACAUAAAUGUAUUUGCACUCAAAGCUAUCUGAGCAUGCUUCUUUCAGUAUAGAGCCAUUUCUCGCUGGUUUUACCUGUAGGUGUUACUGUAACUGUGAGUUUUGUUCUGUUAUAAAAAGGGAGGAACAGCCCCAUUUUUGGUAAUAGAUGUUUUCUGAGGGUGAAACACCAUGAUUUUUAUUUUUUAUUUUAUUUUUUAACGAAGGACAGUGCAUGGACAUUGCUAAACGUUUCUUAAAUGUUGUUUUUUUUAAAAAAAAAAAUUAAAUAAAAUAAAUGCAUAAACUUAAAAAAAAAAAGCUAAGAAACUAAGGUUCCAAAUGCAGAGGUUUAGACAGAGAGCUUUAACAGCAGAGUGGCAGGUAUCACAGUGUUACAAAGGAGCUCGUCGCGGAAGUCGGCCAAAGACGGAUGUGAAGGACCAAAAUCGCAUUUAUUCAGAAGAGAUCGGUUCAGACGCACGACUCUUUACUUUGUUUUAUCCAAGCUAUCAUCAGGUCGAAGUAGCUGUGGCAAUGGUAUCAUGAAAACCUUUAACCAUUUGCUGUCCGGAACAAAGCAGCACAGCCUGUCGGGCUUAAGGGAUCGGUGCCACCUGGAACCUUUUCUUUCAUUUCUAAACAGCAAUAAGACUGAAGGGUAGCAUAAAUAUAGUUUAAAAGAAGACGCAUCCAGUUAAUUCAUAUAAAAGAUCCCGUUCAAUGAGAAAUUACUUCCGCUUUACCUUUCAGGUGUUAAUGCUUUAUGAUACAGUUCAUAGCUUUGGGUCGUUCCUGCAGGACCAUCGUUCGCGAGGAAUUUAAUCAUUAUCGAAGCGAUGCUGAAAAACAAACAUCCUCGGCUCUCUUUAGACCGUAGACUUAAAAGGAGAAUAUCAGAUCAAAGGAGCGGGCCGCAUUUUCAAGCACUUAACUCUCGCUACUCAACAGCAGAA